AUGUGCGACCUCACCCCUUUGAGUAGCUGGAGGAACAUCCAGUCAGCAGGUCUUAUUAUGCUCUACAACGCUUUAUUCUCACUAACGGCGAUCAUGUUUUGUCUUAGCCUUAUCCUCGUGUACAGGGUCAGAGUUUUAGAAAGAGAUCUUUACAAACUCCGAGGGGACAUAAGUCAGCAAUUGAAUCAACAACGUUCUGAGGGAGUCCACUGGAAAUUGGCCAAGAUGUCUAAAACAAGUGAGGACAUGAAGCAAAGUGUUUUCCAAAGAGCUCAGAGUUCUCUGAAGAGCUUUUCUGGGAGAGUUAAAAGGGAGCAGAGCAGCUGCAGAGCUCCCACAUCAUUCCUGCAGUUAAGAGCAAUCGCUAGCAAACAACCAGACAGAAGAGGAAAUAUAACGGUGAUCCCCUGGACUGUUUCUGCGCAGCGAGGAAAUACAAUUUCACAGAGAGAAAAUAGGAUCGUUGUCCAAGAAGAUGGUUAUUACUUGGUGUUUGGACAAGUUUUGUUUGAAAGUCAAAGCACAGUUAUGGGUCAUGUCAUUCAAUGCUGGAGCUCCACUGAGGCAGAGACCAGACCUGUAGAGCUCUUGCGUUGCCUGCAGGAUAUAAAAGAGGGAGCUGAGGACAAUACAUGCUACACAGCAGGCACUGUGCACUUGCUACGGGGAGAAGAGCUGGAAAUGGUGAUCAGUGUUCGGCCAUCUGCACUCAUCUCUCUUGAGGCUGACUCAACAUUUUUUGGUGCCAUAAAGCUCAACUGAAAAAAGCCCAAGUGAAUAAAUAUCGUUACUGCAGGAAGUGGGAAACUGACACUGAACUGUGUGAAGGGAUUGUGAUAAACUGCUAUC